GAAAACCAAUUGACCCUUUACAAAUUGUUCGGAGUCUGGCAUGUCUUUCUUCUCAAUCAAUUAAGUCUCUCUUCUUCCACACAGAUUUCCUCUCUCAAAUUAUAACAUUGCAAUCCCAUUCCUCCAAAGAAACUGGCGACACCCAGACCUCAAAGCCCUCAGCCUCUAUCUCAAAUCACCCAGACCUUCAAGACCUCCUUCUUCCUCUUCAAGAAGCUCAAGAGGACAGUCAAAGAAAGAUUUCCCAGAGCUUCUGACGCCGAGAUCGAUGCUCUACUCCCACACAAGGUCACUCUUUGUUCUUCUCUAAUAAAUAAAUUCAUAACGAUGAUUAUCAUGGACUUGCUUUGCAUUUCCCCAGCCGCUAAUGGUUUCACUAUGAUUCUGGUUCUGGGUUCUGGGAUCAUUCCGGGAAUCAUCUCUUACAAAAUUUCAUGAUUUUUGACUUGGAAUUAGUCUAGUUUUCCAUCACUGUAGCAUUUGAAAUUGCUCCCCUUUCUAGUGCUCUCCACAGCUUCAGUUUGCUGCUAUUCCUCUAAUAAUGGCUGCUUAUCAAUCUCUUUUGAGGACUUAAUCAAUUUGGGUUGAGGUGGAUGUCGCGAUGAGGUUGGGAGUGGGUGGCGAUGAACGAUAACCAAAGAAGAGGACAGAGAGACUGAGAGACUCUCUCACCCUAUAGAGACUGUGUGUCCCAUUGUUUAGACUCCCAACAUACUUUUAAUAAAAAGAAAAUGUCAAUAGAGGGGAAAAGCACAUGAGCCGUUGGAUGUGACUUUUAUACACGUGGCAUGUCAGGAUUCAAAGCUUAGGCAAAAAUAAAUAGAAUAAUGCUCCUCUCCCAUCAGAUAAAAAGAAAAACCAGAUGCUUUUGUCCCAUCAGAGAGGUCAUCAUGUCGAUCAUGCUGAGGCAUAUCCUGAAACGAAAUUCGAAUUCGUACAUUGGGCGGCUGGCUUCGGCUUCCGCGUCUGGACGGCUAUUCUCGUGGAGGAGGAGGAGGAGGACUUUCUGCAGUGAACCGCAGAGAGAGUCUAUUCAAUACGACGUCGUGAUCGUUGGGGCGGGACCGGCUGGUUUAUCGGCGGCGAUUAGGUUCAAACAAUUGUGCCGUGAAAAUGAUACUGAUUUAUCAGUCUGCGUUGUGGAGAAAGGAGCUGAAGUCGGUGCUCACAUUAUUUCUGGUAAUGUCUUUGAACCCCGGGCUCUGGAUGAACUUAUCCCACAAUGGAGACAGGAAGAGUCACCCAUCACCGUCCCUGUUUCUUCUGACAAGUUUUUGUUACUUACAAAGAAUCAUGCAUUUUCGCUGCCUUGUCCUUUUAAUAACAGAGGAAACUAUGUCAUAAGUUUAAGUCAGUUAGUACGAUGGAUGGGAGUGAAGGCAGAAGAAUUGGGAGUAGAAAUAUAUCCAGGCUUUGCUGCUAGUGAGAUAUUAUAUGAUUCAAAUGACACUGUUGUUGGCAUUCGAACUAAUGAUAUGGGAAUAUCCAAAGAUGGUUCAAAGAAGGAAAAUUUUCAACCUGGCAUAGAAUUGAAAGGGCGGGUCACACUUCUAGCUGAAGGGUGUCGAGGAUCAUUGUCAGAGAAAAUAAUGGAUAAAUACAACUUGAGAGAGAAGGGGCAUGCUCAGCAUCAGACUUAUGCUUUGGGAAUCAAAGAGGUUUGGGAAAUUGAUGAGAGAAAACACAAACCAGGUGCUGUGAUUCACACGCUUGGUUGGCCCUUGGAUCAGAAGACAUAUGGAGGUUCAUUUCUGUACCACAUGAAAGAUAGACAGAUUUCUAUUGGCUUUGUGGUUGCUUUGAAUUAUCAAAACCCUUUCUUAAGUCCAUAUGAAGAAUUCCAGAAAUUAAAGCAUCAUCCUGCAAUCAAGCCACUGCUAGAGGGUGGGACUGUUCUUCAAUAUGGUGCUCGCACCUUGAAUGAAGGUGGCUUUCAGUCUAUCCCAUAUCCAGCUUUCCCUGGAGGAGCAGUUAUUGGAUGCUCUGCUGGCUUUUUAAAUGUACCAAAAAUUAAGGGAACACAUACUGCAAUGAAAUCAGGCAUGCUAGCUGCGGAAGCAUCGUUUGGUGUUCUUCAUAAAGGCUCAAGUAUGGAAAAAUACUGGGAUGCUUUAAGGAGUUCGUGGAUAUGGGAAGAAUUAUAUAGAGCACGGAACUUCCGACCGGCAUUUGAGUAUGGACUUAUUCCUGGCUUGGCCAUAAGUGCGUUAGAACACUACAUAAUGAAAGGGAGAGCUGCCUUAACGCUGAAGCAUGGAAAACCUGAUAAUGAAGCAACAAAUGUUGCAGAGUUCCACUGUCCAAUUAAAUAUCCAAAGCCAGAUGGGGUUUUAUCUUUUGAUAUUCCAACCUCCCUACACAGGAGCAAUACAAAUCAUGAGCAUGACCAACCAGCUCACCUUCGGUUGAAGGACCCGAAGAAGCCUGAACUUGUCAACUUGCCAGUGUAUGCUGGUCCUGAGUCACGAUAUUGUCCUGCACGUGUUUACGAGUAUAACCCUGAUGAAACGGGUCAGCUGAAGUUGCAGAUCAACGCUCAGAAUUGCUUACAUUGCAAGGCUUGCGAUAUCAAAGACCCUAAGCAAAACAUACAGUGGACUGCGCCAGAAGGAGGUGGUGGUCCAGGCUAUUCAAUAAUGUAGAAGAAGCACUGUUUUUGUAAAUUUUUUCACUUUCUACAAAACAAUCAAGGGGUCAUGAUUCAUACAGUUUGUUGUGGAAUUUACAAUAUUCUUACUUCUGGUCCCAUAUAAAUAGAAUCAAAUGCAUCACGUUUUUUGCA